AUGGUGAACUUUACCUUGAUACCAGUGUUAAUCUGCACUUUCUGUUGUAUCUCUGUCUCACCUUAUGAAUUUCACACUGUGGAGGCUCAGUCUGGUGAAGAAGUCACACUGCUAUGCUCCAGCUUUAGCAUUUUUCACUCACAGGUUAAAUGGUUCAAAGUCGUCAAGAGAUCCGAGCUCCGCUGCGUCACCUUCAUGUUUGACUCUGUUCAUCCUGCUUCAAACAGUGAUGGAUUUAAAAAUGGAAAAUUUGACGUUAGUUCCAACAUGACCACUGUCUUUCUCAAAAUCCACUCGCUGAAUUCAUCUGACUCUGGACUGUAUUUCUGUGGCUAUUACAUAUUCAACAAUAAUCUUGUUAUUACGGAGGCAACAAACUUAGAGGUCCAAGAGGUGAUUCUGGAGUUAACUAAUCUGAUGAUCUGGGUCCUCGGAGCUCUGACGGUUUUCCUUUUCGUGGUCAUCACCUGUCUGGUCGUUAAAAUCAAAAAGCUUCACAAAGCUCGCGUUGAGGAACAGAAGCCGCAAGAGACACAGAGACAGAGCUCAGACGACCUCGACUAUGCAGCUGUGACUUUUCAUCCAAAAAUUGAAAGACACUACAGGCCUGCCUCAAAAGCAGAAAUAGAGCCAGAUGUUAUUUAUUCAGCCAUAAAAUAG